UACAUCGAGCACCUCAUCCAAUCCUCCCCCUCAUCCCCCACCCUCAAAACGACCCUCUUCCUCGCCUACUGGCCCUCCCUCCCCUCCUACCAAGCAUGGUGGACCUCCGCCCCCGUAACCGCCUUCUGGGGCUCGCUCCCCCCCUCCGCCGGCAUGUACCGCGAAAUCCUGCUCAUCUCUCCGCGUCGAACACAAUCCGGGCUCGCGGGCCCGAAAAAAGAGGGCAUGGCGCACGUAGGCACGAUUGUAGAGCGCACAAGCGCGGAGGGCUAUUGGGGCUGCUAUCGCGAUCGGUAUGACGAGAAUUCUGAGACGAAUAGGAUGGAUAGUUCGUUGGCUGUGCCGCCGGAACCGAGGAGGGGGGUUGGGGAUGGGGAUGGGGAUGGGGAUGGGCGGAUUAGGGAGGGGAGGGUGGUGAUUGGGGGGUUUCCGGAGAAUUUGUGUUUUGUGGUUGAGGGGCAGGAUCAUUCUGGGAUUGGGGAGGAGGAGAAGCGGUAUUGGUUCGAGAAUUUCGACGCCUCAGUAACGAACUGGAUCACGGACCUGGCAAACGCACCGCCCUCAUCCGGAAUCCUAGACGCGCGCCUCUGCUACGUUCCAAGUAGCGGUACAUACCGUGACUCUGUCCCCGAAGCCCUGAACUACAACCGCAAGAUCCAACUGUUCUAUUUCCUGGAUCACGGAUACAUGGAGCGGAUCGGCGUGCGGAACAAAGGCCAUGUGGCGUUGAGGAAUAACUUUCUGGCGAGUUAUUGUCCGGCGGGGGCGAUGGGGAGGAUUGCUAAGUUGAUGUUGUGGGUGGAGACGAGUGUUUUGAAGAAGGAUGAGAUUGAGUGUGAGUAUGUGGGAUGUUUGGAGGGGACGGGGUUCUUGGCUUUUGAUCAUUUGGAGGCGUUCAAG